UUCAACAAGGAGCCUUUGGAAGUGACAGAAGGUAAACAAGAAAAAUUGUUUUUAAUUUUUUUUAUCAAUUUCUUGGAAAAUAUAGCUUCUUUGGGCUCGUUUUUAUUAUUCAGUUCUCUUCUGUAUAAAAUGUAGAAGAUUUUCAUUGUGUUUAAUAAAUCAGAAGUGCAGAUUUUGUGGUGUAAAACGUGAAGAAUUGUGUAGAAAUGGAUCGAGAUUUUCGAGAGGGAAUUGGUCAGGAUGUUGUGAGUGAUGAGGAGCAAUUCAGUCAAGAUUGGGUUGAAUAUCAGGAAGAUGCACAGCUAAACGACAAGAAUGACUCCUUUAGACAGCAUUGUCACUAUUGCAAUGAGAAAUUCAUCUCUGUGGAGAAGCGCUUCCUGCACGAGAGAUCAUGCAAAAUUGGUCCAAUUGAGAGAUUCACAUGCAAGGUCUGCAGGAUCAACUUUCGGUUUGAGCAGGGCCUUUGGCGGCAUGAUUGGCGACACCAGGAGCCCGGUGGUUUCAUCUGCGGCAUUUGUGAUAGGAAAUUCACCUCUCCAGCUGAUCGGAUUCUGCACAAAAAUGCCGAACAUCGAGCGUUCAGAUGCCAGAUUUGCGAGGCAAAAUUCAGGAUGCAAUCCGACUACGUAGGGCACAUUGUGAAGGUCCAUAGUGAGUGCAAGUGUUGGAUUUUGCAGAAGGGCAUGAAGGAGGAGUCUGGUGAUGUCCAGUUGAUGUGUGACACUUGUGGAAGCAAUAUGGGAAGUCUCAUGGGGAAGCUGGAGCAACUUGGGGAGAAAAAUGGAAUUUCAGUAAGUCAUCCAAUGCAAGUGGUAGAGACAAUGGAAGAUCCCUGGACGGCAAGUGCAGAGCCAGAUGAACAGACAUUAAACGGAGGAAUUGGCCGAAGACGUUCUCCCAAAAAGAGAAGAAAACGUUCAUCUCCUGAAAAGAUUUUGAUUCAAAGUGUUGAAGAUUUUCCCGAUCUUGAUGAUGAUGUUCCCCUAUCCAUGCUCAAAUCUCAAGUGGACACGGCAAAAAAAGACAGUCCUCGAGAGUCCAGAAGAUCAUCAAAUCCCAUCAAAUCGGAAUACAAUACAGAUAAUUCCAAUGAUGCUGAUUUCUUCGAUCUAAAUGACUCCAUUUUCGGCGAAUCCAAUUCCGAGAGCAAAAAUGACCAAGAAUCCAGUGCAGACAAUCAAGAAGUUUUUCCAUCCAGUCGAAAUGAUCCUCAAACUUGCAGAUUGCCAGAGUACCGCUGUAAACUCUGUCCCAAGAUUUAUUGCUUCGAAAAGAGGUACUUGGUGCAUCUCAAGACAGAACACGGGAUUGAGAGGCAGGAAAGGGAUGACAAUGAGAAAUUGAGCAAGAAGGAUCAGCUCAAAAAUGCCUUCCUCCUCGGAUACCGAAGGCACGGAUGCAAAUUUUGCAGAAGAAGAUUCAACAGCAAAGAAGCCCUUGCAAAGCACGAAAAAUGCCAUGGUCCCGAUGGUAAGUUGAAAAUCAAAUGCACCCUCUGCAGUGAAUUGUUUGAGGAUGAAUCCCAGGUGAAGGAUCACAAGAAGGACGUCCAUAAGGAUGAGGUCACAUGCAGCUACUGCCAUAAGACGUAUGCCGGAGAGCGCAAUCUGCAGAUGCAUAUUGAAUUGCGUCAUACAAAAACGAAAAUCCUGAAGAAAAUGUCCUAUCUCUGUGGGAAAUGUGGGAAGAAUUUCACGUCCAAGACUGCCUUGCUUGACCAUGAGAGAUCAGACUGUGGGAAAUCGCCCAUAUAUCAGUGCGAUGUCUGCAAGAAAUUUUACCAUAGUGCUGGAUCACUUAAGGGACACAAAACUCUCCAUACAAAAGUUAAGCCAUUUUUGUGCAAGUUUUGUGGGAAAUCCUACAGAAAUCCUGGUCAGUUGAGGGUGCAUGAGAGGACACACACGGGUGAAAAGCCACACAAAUGCACUUAUUGUCCAAAGGCUUUUGGACACAGAGAAACUCUCCUGACGCAUAUUACAAUGCACACGGGAUUCAAGAGAUUCAUGUGUUCGGGAUGUGGCAAGAGAUUUGCCUGCAUCUCCAAUUUGCAGGUUCAUCGAAAAGCUCAUGCGGACACUUGCGGACUGGUUCCCAAUUGUACAAAGGCAGUGGGACCCAUGGAUAUUCAUCUGAUGCCUCAGGAUGACGAUCAGGACUGGUGUGUAGAACGAGAAGAAAGUUGUGUAGGAAUGGCUCGGGAUUCUAAAGAUGAUGAUGGUCAGGAUAUUGUCACCGAUGAGGAGGACUGGGUUGAGUAUCAGGAAGAUGCACAGCUGGAUGACAAAAAUGAGACAUUUAGGCAGCAUUGUCACUACUGUGAGAGGGAGUUCUUUAGUGCCAAGAAGCGUCUUUUGCACGAGAGAUCCUGCAAAGUAGGACCUAUUGAGAGAUUCACAUGCCGGGAAUGUGGUCUCAAUUUUAAGUUCAACCAGUGUUUAUUGCGACAUGUGAAGCGUCAUGAGGCGCCCGGAGGAUUCAUCUGCUAUUCAUGUGGGGAUAAAUUUACUUCUGCGACUGCCAGGAGGGAACACAGAAAUACCCAACAUCGAGUGUAUCGAUGUCAAAUCUGUCAGGAGAAGUUACUGACUCAGGAGGACUACGUGGGGCACAUCAUGAACAGCCACAGUGACUGCAAAUGUGGAAUAAAGAAGAAAAAUGCUGCUGAGGGGAAGGAAAAUGAAGGGAGCGCAAAGAAGAAGGCUGCAAAGCUGACCUGUGAAAAAUGUGGAGUGAAAUUCCCAAGUAAAAAUGAUCUGGACAAUCAUAUUCACAGUCUGGCAUGUGAGAAGCCCUACAAAUGCAAGGAUUGUGGGAAAUCCUUUGCAUUUCAAAUGAGUCUCAUGACACAUGCCGCGCAACACGGUGGAUCCCGGCAGAAUGCAUGUGAAAAAUGUGGCCAGCAAUUUACCAACUAUGACAGCCUCAUAAAGCACCGUCGAGCGAAUCCAUUCACUUGCGGCUUGCCCGAGAUGGAUAUCCGGAAGAAGAAUGCAAGGAAUAUUCCAGGAACUCUCGAAAAACUCGAGAGCAAAAGUGAAAAGUUGGAAGAUACAGAAAUUAAAGAACAAAUCUUCAAUGGAGGAAUACCUCCAGCUUCAAAUUCCCUGGAAAAUCUCUCGCAUGCAGUGAAGAAAGAACCAUCUCCAGAAACAAUACUACUCCCAAAUGAUGACGAUGCCCUAGAUCUCGAUGAUGAUUUGCCCCUUUCUCAGAUUAAGUCCAGAGUUUUUAAGAAGGAAGACACUCAAUUUGUCUCCACGGAAACUGGCAGUGAGCAAAAGGAUCCGAACGAAGGAUCAGAGAGGCAACUGAGAAGGUCCAACACUGAAAGGAAGAUGGUAUACUCGGAUUCUUCAGAUGACGAUGACUAUUUGGAUUUGAGUGGACCACCUCAGUCUCCGCCGCCGUUUUUCACUUCAGAUUCCGAUUCGGAUUACCAGGAGAGAAAGAAGAAAGCUGCAUCCGGGGAACCAGAUGCAAGCAAAUUGCCGGAAUUCCGUUGCAAUAUGUGCCCUAAGGUCUACUGCUACCAACGCAAAUUGGUAAUACAUUUGAGGUCUGAGCACGGGCUGGAUUCGGAUGAUGAUGAGUGGCCACUGGACUAUCCCUCGAAGACCACUUACACGCCGAGAGAUCGGAAAUGGGAGUGUCAGUACUGCAAGAGAGUCUACGCCAAUCAGUCUUCACUCUCGAGACACAUUAAAUGCCACGGUCCAAAUGGCGAACUUCUGACCAAGUGCAGAGUGUGCAAGUUGUUCUUUGAGAAUGAUGAGAAGUUGAAGGAGCACAGGCAGGAAGUGCAUAAAGAGAAGAUUACAUGCAAUAUUUGCAACAAAUCCUAUUCAGGAGAGCACAAUCUGAAAACCCAUAUGGCUCUGCGACAUUCAUCAUCCAAUUCCAGGCCGAAGUGCACGUAUUUGUGUGGCAAAUGCGCCAAGAGUUUCACCUCGAAGACUGCUCUGUUGGAUCACGAGAGAUCAGACUGUGGGAAAUCACCAAUCUAUCAGUGUGAUAUUUGUCAGAAAUUCUACCACAGUGCAGGAUCUCUCAAGGGUCACAAGACACUCCAUACAAAAGUCCGGCCGUACUUGUGCAAAUACUGUGGGAAACCCUAUCGGACUCCUGGUCAGAUGAGGGAUCAUGAGAGAGUGCAUACAGGCGAGAAGCCUCAUCAGUGCACCUAUUGUCCGAAGAGAUUCAGCCACCGGGGAAGUCUCCUUACGCAUUUGUCGCUGCACACAGGAUUCAAGAGAUUCAUGUGUUCAGGAUGUGGCCAGAGGUUCACGUGCAUUUCCAAUUUGCAGGCACAUCGGAAGAGUCAUGCUGAUACUUGUGGGCUGGUUCCAAAUUGUACUAAAGCCAUGGGACGCAUGGAAGCUUACAUGAUUCCCCAAAAGGCGGAGGAUGUGGAGCAGCAGGAGUAA